AAUUUUUACUCUCAAGAUGUAAUUCCAAAAAAUCCUGAACAGAGAAUUAAUAUCCCCAAAAUACACCUGUAUUCUCAAAGACUCAAAGCCCACCUCUUUCUUCUUCUUGCUCGUUAACCGCUAUCUUGGGCUUCUCUGUGCCGCUGCUACUCUCUGUUUCGGAGCUCGCCGCCGAGCUGCCGUUUGACGCCGGCAAAUCUCAUUGUGCGUGCCGCUAAUCCAUCUCUAUACUGCGUUCAUAAUCUACGUAGCUGUGCGACCUAUCACUGUUUUUCGGCUGCGCUGCCGUGCUUUUGCCGCACCUCCGUGUCCAUCAAUUGCCAUCGCUGUGACCGGUGCUUCCCCUUCUUGUUAAGCUUCCAGUAAUUUUCUCUCCUUCUGCUGUUGCGAGAGAAGACUUUGCGGGGAAAAUGGUUGCGAGCAUUGUUGGCGAUACCAUCGCUAAAAUCAUAGAGAGGUUGAACUCUCUCAAUAUUUUUGGCAAAAAGAGCACCACCAUCGCUGAGAAUAUCAAACUUCAUCUGUUAUGCAUCAAGGAGGAGCCAGAGAACAGUGAUGCUGCAACACCUCGAUGGAUUACAGAUGUCACGGAUGCCGUCAUCGAUUUGUGGGACUUGUUGGACGAUCUAAAUCUUCCUCCAGCUGAUGCCAGUGUGCCUCCAAAACAGAGCACCAUGGCAACAUUCUUCUCUCUUUACAAGCCUACACCUCCUGGCCUACUUCUUAAACUCGAGCAAAUUGAGAAUCGACUACAACGCAUUGCAACCGACUCAACCAAGCUUCCUGUGAAGAGCAGCAAAAAGCUAACGGACUCGGAUGUGCAGGGUGGAGAAAUAGAGUUUGUCGGGAGAAAAGAAGAUAAGGAAGGAUGGAUAAAGAGGAUCUUGGAACCGACAAGAGUGGAUAAUGGCAACUUUCCAGUCUUUGCCCUUGUAGGGAUUCAAGGGAUAGGGAAGACGAAACUUGCUGAACAUAUUUGUAGUGAUGAUAGUGUUAGACGUAAGUUCGGUUCGGUGAUUUGGAUUGAAGGCAUCCGUGACGAUGAGUUCUAUGCCGAGUCUGUUUUGAACCGUGUGAAUGGGGGGAUUCAUGAAUUCGUAAUGAAGAAGAAGAUGAAACUGGAAGAGAAGGAGAAUGACUCUAUUGUCAUGGAGGAAAAUCUUGAUCUUGGAGAAGCCGUGAGCGAAGAGAACAGAUUCCUUCUUGUGCUGGAUGACUUGCAGAAUGAGAACCGUGAGGAAUGGGUCAAGUUGCAGCAGAAACUGGUGGAGGCACAUGGUUCAUCUGGAGGUGCAAUCCUUGUAACUACACGGAGUUAUCUUGUAGUCGAUAUCAUUAGCCCAAAAUUUCGUAAAAACCUAAGAAAGCUGAGCGAGGAAGAUUCAUGGGCUCUAUUUGAGCAAGUUGUAGGAGGAGGUCCAAAUGAAUCGAAUAUCAGAGACACUCAAAUGAAGAUGGUAAAAAAAUGCUGUGGUGUCCCGUUAGCAAUAAUAAAAAUGGCAAGAAUUCUCAGGUCUCGUGAGGUUAAAGAAUCAGAGACAGAGUAUUUAGUGGAGGAAUUCAUGCAGGAGAUGCAGUUGAUGUAUUACAACGAGCUCCCCUCUUGGCAUCUAAAGCAAUGUUUUUCUUAUUUGUCAUUUAUAUUCUCUACGCCAUAUAACGUUGUUGAUGCCGAGAUGUUAAUUAAGCAUUGGAUGGCGGAGGGAUAUCUUGGACCUGUGAAUAUGUAUUGUUGUUCUUCUCCUCAAUACCCACAACCAGAAGAUUUGGGUCUCGACUGUAUACGAGAGUUUUCCCGAAGGUCAAUCUUCAGGGACACUAACUGGUGCUCUGUGCGUUAUGAUCUAAUGAGAGAACUGUCAAAAUAUGUGGCUGGCAAGGAGAACUUCCAUAUCCACAUGUACAAUAAUGACAAGACUGUCAAGGAAACAAUCCGACGAGUGGAGCUGACUGAUGACUUUGAUGUUUCAAAUAGCAGACUCAAAUCACUCCUUUCUAACAACACAAACCUGCGUGCAGUCUCCUUCAACAUGUCCCUCCUCGAUACAUGGUCAUUGCGGAUUCUAGACGAGGUGAAGUUAAGUUGGUCUCUUUGUGCGUUCAAGAGCUUGCGUGUGUUGAAACUAUCAGAGCUGGGUAUGAAGAUGUUACCCAUUUCAAUUGGGGAGUUGAAGAGUUUAAGAUACCUUAACCUAUCACGCAACAACAUGAAGAAGCUUCCCAAUUCCAUUUGUAAGUUGAAGCAUUUGCAGACGUUAGUAUUGUCUCGUUGUCACAGGCUCAGAGAGUUGCCCCAUGAUUUGAAUCGUUUGAGGAGUCUUAGGCACCUGGAGAUAGAGGAAUGUAUGCAUCUGACACACAUGCCUUCUAAGAUGAAAAAACUGACAAAUCUUCAAACAUUGUCACAAUUCGUGGCCAGCAGCAGCCAAAAUUACAAGAGCAUUCAAGAUUUUGGGGAUCUCAUUAGUCUGAACAACUUGAGAGGGAAGUUGGAAAUUUCACAUUUGGAGCGAUUGAAAUUUAAGGAAGGGGAGGAUGGACAUGCCUAUUUGAAAGAUAAACAGUAUCUUAAGCACCUUAUUCUGAAAUGGAAUCAUGAAGACGAGGAGGAGGAGGAGGAUGACAAUAAUAAGAACCAUGACCAAAUAUGCCUAGGACAUCUUAAGCCACAUGCACAUCUACAAGAGCUACACAUUGUUGGAUAUAGAGGUAAACAGUUUUCAGAUUGGCUCUGGUCCCUUGAAAAUCUUGUUGAGUUCAAUUUGUACAACUGCUCCACAUGUGAAUCUCUUCCUCCGUUAGAUCGAUUUCCUAAACUAAGAAUUCUCAAACUUCAGAGAUUGGAUUCUCUGCAGUACAUAACAGACCGAGUAGGUGAUUGCAGUGAGCUAGGACUGGAACUCCUAAAAGAACUUUCAAUAUCAGAUUGCCCAAAGCUCAGUAGCUGGUGGAAAGGUAGAACUUGCAGCAUUGCUAUGUUCGGUUCCAUAUCAGAAAUGAUUAUCAGAUACUGUCCAGAAUUAGGAUGUAUGCCACUGUAUCCGAAUCUCGAUAACAGGUUGGUGCUAGAAGGCUCCAGCGUGAAACCAUUGCUGGAAACCAUCAAUCAUACAAGUGCUAGCAAUAGCAGUCUGCUACCAGAUUCAGACCUGGUUUCAAAUUCUUCCCCACCCCUCUCCAAGCUGAAAUAUUUAUCAAUGAUAAAUGUGGAGGAACAAUCUCUCCUUCCGGAGGAUUGGCUGAAAAACACCAUUUCUCUUGAACGUCUUUAUAUUAGUGACCAAAAGUCUCUCACUUCAAGGAAAAGAAGUGAGAAAACUUCUCUAAUGAGAUGCUUCAAACAACUCAGCUCACUUAAAAAUAUGGUUAUCACAAACUGUAGAAGACUUGAUUUACCUGAUGAGGAAUGGGAGGGCCUGCAAAGCCUCAAAUACCUGGCAAUGGAGGAAAUAAUGGAGCUAAAAUCUCUUCCUGAAGGAAUUAAACAUCUUACGUCUCUAAAUUCUCUAUCCAUCAACAAUUGUCCUGAGGUAACAACUUUGACUGAGGUCAUAGGCCACCUGACAUCUCUCGAACAGCUUUCGAUCAGCAAGUGCCACAAGUUAGCUAUGCUUCCCCAAAGUAUGAGCAAGCUCAGUUCUCUAAGGUGGUUAUGGGUUGACAACUGCCCGCUGUUGCUGCCAAGAUGUCAAGAGGAAACCGGCAAUGAUUGGCCACAAAUUAAGCAUAUCAAGCAUAUCUCUGUCACUGCUACCUCUCAAGCUUAUGAGUAAUGAUAUUACCGAAGCCAAACUGGUUCAUCUCGGCCCCCAUAUGUUAUUUGAACAAAGAACAAGAUGGAGACUUGGCAUUACAGAUGAAGAUCAAUGCAUGUUACUCUUGGAUUUUCCAAUGUGAGUUGAUUAAAAUUUAUAAAAACUGAAAGUGACUAUAAUUUAUACUUCUUUUUCAAUUUGCUGAAAGUUAUUUCCUAUUAAGCUUUUCGUUUUUGCUUGAUAUAUGUUGGAUGAAACUUUGUUUUUAUAAUCAAGAACCAAGCUGUGUAUAAAUCAUAGCUGUGUCAAUGUUGGUUGGAAGAUAACACCUCUC